AUGGGCCAUGGCCGCCUCCUCCUCCUCCUCCCCAACCUACUUCAGGGCUUUCCUCUCCUUCCACUCCGUCAGUGGCCAGUAGCCUUGGCGCCUCCUCCCUUGUGGCCUGGACAGAUAGCCAAGCCUUCGCCAUAUGUCAUUCUUGGCCAUGGUAUGGUCUUGGGUGGCAGGCAGGCGUGGGUGCGCGAAUGCAGGUCUGUACAUGCUGAGCCCCGUGCUAUGAUCUUGGGCGUGAAGCCUGACCCUGCCCUGGCGCUGGUUAAUGAAGAGAACACCAGCAAGAAGGCAUUCUUGAUUCUAAAUGAGCUAAUAGUUGCACUAAAGUCUAAGAAGGAAAGUAGAAAACUAGCAUAUGAUGUGCUCCUGGCAACUAGUACAAACUUGAGGAGCUCAGAGUCAAAUAGUGCAGAGUCAGAUCUUCAACGACUGUUCACAAUGGUAAUGGGAUAUCUUUCAAGUCCAUCUCCUCACAUAGCAGCCUUGGGCUUUGUCAAGGUAUUGGUAACUUCUUUGCAACCACAAAAACUAUUGAACUUGCAAGCAGAUAUCGUUGUACUAAUAUUAGAAAUAUUGAUUAGGAAAUGUGGGUUUGAUGCUAUCAACUUAAUUACACCUGACAAGUUCAAGGGCUUUGUUAGAAGUGUUGAAGAGGGUACGCAGCGAAAUCGUAACCAAACUGAUGGUGCACAUCUCGAGGCAAAAGAACACGAGCAACGUGAUGGCAAAAGGAGGAAACGGGUUGACUCUAAUGCUGAAACUGGACAAGAAGGAACACCUAGUCGUCCACCAAAUAGUUGGUCAGCUGGGAAGAAGCAGGGCAAGGAUUUUCAUUUGAAGAAAAGGACAGGGAGAGGCAACCCUCAUGCUGCAAAAGGCAUCAAAGCAGAGAUUCAGGUGGCAAAGGUGAUAGGACUAAUUUCAAGCCGAAGUCAAAAUGGCAACCAGGAAAUAGCCAAGGAAACAGAGGCGAUAAAUCGCCUGGCAGCAACCAAAAAAGAACUAGGGGCGGUGCCUCCAGCAAGAUGCAAAAUAGUGAGGCUCGAGCACCUGGGCACUCUCCUAGUUUCAAGAAGCGUAAGAGAUCGACAGCAUGAGAUGUUUCACUUGCCACCACCCUGUCAUCGACUGGGAUUCAUGGCUCAUGGGGAUGGCUCUGAAUUUUGCAUUGUCGACCCCAGCUUUUACCUACUAAUGCUUUCAUCUUGA